CCCUCAAAGGGACACCCCAAACUACCUCUCUCUUUCUUUUGUCUUUCGAUUUUGAUCUCUCUCCAUCUAAAUCUCCUGAUCCAUCUAGAUAUCUUGCUGUUCGUGAGGGGUUUGGGGUGACUAUAAAUGUCUCAGUCGGUAGCGAGUGGGAGCGAUCAAGCGGCGGGCUUCGAUUGCACCCAGUACUUGAGGGUCACCGGCGACGGCAUAUGGGCCGGCGACGACCCCCUCACUCUUGCCCUCCCCCUCUUCAUAAUUCAGUUGACGAUCUUCAUCGCGACAAGCCGCAUCAUAGACCUCUUGCUGCGGCCCUUCAGGCAGCCUCGCUUGAUCUCCCAAAUCAUUGCGGGCUUCAUCCUGGGGCCCUCCGUGGCGGGAGUAUUUUUCCCCAUGUUCAAGGCUCGCGUCCUUCCCGACCCGUCUCAAAGCCUGGUGGAGACAUUUGCAAAUAUCGGUGUCAUCUUUUGGCUCUUCCUGGUCGGCAUGGAGCUCGACCUGGCGGCCCUACUCAAGAGCGUCGGCAGGAAGGCCGUCGUCGUCGCCGCCGCCGGAAUCUUGCCACCGUGCUCCGUGGCGUUGGUGGCGUACUUCCUCAUCAGGGAAACCAUUCUAGACUCCAUCAAGGAUGGCAUGUUGGUGGUCUUCCUCGGCGGAAUUCUCCUCUCCGUUAGCUCGUUUCCGGUCUUGGCUCAGAUCGUUGCAGAGCUCAAGCUCCUGCAAACCGAGAUCGGCUCGCUCUCCCUGUCCUCUGCCAUUGUCAAUGACAUAAUCAUGUGGACGAUGGUCAUCGUGAUCGGUGGUCUGGCAACGGAGAAGGUCUCCAGUCUAUCCCCAUUGUGGGUGAUUUUAUGCGGACUGGCUUUUGUCCUGUUCUUGUACUAUGUUGCUCGACCAGCAAUGCGCUGGGUCUCGCUCCGAACUCCGGAAGGAGAAGGCGUCAAUGAGAUGUAUGUGAACCUAAUACUAGCAGCAACAAUGGGCUUCGCAUUUACGACAGACGCCAUCGGACUGCGGCCGGCCUUCGGCGCCUUCGCCUUCGGGCUGGUGAUACCGGACGGGCCACUUAGUCGAGCACUUAUAGAGAAGCUGGAGGACUUCACAUUCGGUCUGUUCCUGCCGCUGUUCUUCAUCACCACAGGGUUGAAGAUAAACAUCCAUUUUAUAACUUCAGGAGCAUGGGUCUUGUGCCUCAUCAUAGCAACCUCUGCCUUGACGAAGACACUAGCGACAUUGGCUGUUGGCAUGCUCUAUGGUAUGUCGCUGAGAGAUGGGUUCCUGCUUAGCCUGCUCACCAACACAAAAGGAGUAGUGGACGUGGUUGUAUUGGUUCAACUCUAUGACAAGUCGGCCAUAAGCUACGAAUCCUACUCGAUAAUGAUGCUGACAUCGGUAGUCAUGACGGCGUUGGUGGAGCCGACGGUGGCCUUCAUGUACAGGCGAGCCGCUCCGGUUAUCCCCUACAAGCACAGGACAGUGCAGCGAACCAAGGUGGACACGGAGCUUCGGAUUCUGGCGUGCGUCUACAAUAUGCACUCGGUUCCGACGGUCAUUAACCUGCUGGAGGCGUCGAACGCGCCGAGGAAGUCGUCGCUCGCCGUCUUCGCCCUUCGGCUCGUCCAGCUCACAGGCCGGGCCUCCAUGCUCAUCGUCCACGACCUUCGGUCAAAGACCAACCACCAGCCCAAGCGGCACGACGAGAACGACCGCAUCAUCGCCGCAUUCGAGGACUACCAGCAGUCGAGCGGCGUCCAAGUCCAGGCGCUCACCUCCAUCUCCCCCUACUCGACGAUGCACGAAGACAUCUGCAGCGUCGCCGCGCAGAAGCGGAUCGCUCUCAUCAUACUGCCGUUUCACAGGGACCUCACCGUCCUUACGAUCAACGAGGCCAACAGCGCCGCUAUGCGUAGCAUCAACCAGCAGGUUCUGGCCAGCGCCCCCUGCUCGGUGGGCGUGCUCAUCGACAGAGGGCUCAGUGGCACCACCGGCACCUCCUAUGCCCAUAUGUCCCACCAGAUCGCCCUGCUGUUCUUCGGCGGCCCCGACGACCGAGAGGCCCUCUGCUACGCCUUGCGCAUGGCUGAGCACGAGGGCGUCAGCCUCACGGUGCUGCGGUUCAUAAUCGGGGAGAGCUCCAAACAGCCGCCGUCAACGCCGUUGCACCAGAGAAGAACGCCAGAGCUGCAGCUGGAGGCAACGCAGAGGUCGAGUCCCCUCACAGACGAUGAGAAGGAGAAGCAGAAGGACGAGGAGCUUCUGAAGGAUUUCCGGCUGCGGACCAUCAGCGACAACUCUGUGAUGUACAGUGAGAUUGUCGUCUGCGACGGCGACGAGACGGUGAAUGCCAUCCGGGGCAUAGACCGGAGACACGAUCUGUUCAUAGUGGGGAGGAACCAAGGACUGUGGGAUUCGCCGGUGGCCUCAGGGCUGACGCACUGGACUGACUGUCCGGAGCUCGGCCCAAUCGGUGACCUGCUAGCGUCGCCGGAUUUCAUAUCGGUGUCGGUUCUGGUGGUGCAGCAGUACCUGGGGGCCUUGGCCGGUGAGGAUGCCUUCACGGCUCAAGUCCAGCAGUUCAUAGGGACUACCGGCACGCAGUCGGUAGGCCAGCUAAUAGGUGCUUCUUCUAGUUUUGGUAGGCCUAAUUCGUCAAUGGACCACCUCAUUCAGCACCAUGAGAACGAAUGAGGCCUCGAGAAAACGGUUCAGGAACUAAAUUGUCUCAGAGGGAGGGACUCACUUCUUCUUGGUAGGAAGCUUAGGCAUGUGCAGUAACAAUGGGCCUUCUAGUGUGGAUAUUUAUGGUCAAUUUUUUCGUAAGCAAAAUUUGAUGAAUGAAGUUUAUAUAGUUUUCUUGUGGUUAGGUCUUAGGCACUUCGUUAACAGAUGGGUCAGGCCAGGCCCUCGAAGGCACAGG